CUGAUGGAGUUGGAUUUUGAUUUGGUAAAUCUCAGUGAUGAUAUAGAUUUUAAAAAAGUUCUAUUCAAAAAUAAAGCAGUAGUAGUAACUGCUAAAGAAGAUAUCUCAAGAAUUGUAGAUGAAUUUAUUUGGAAUAUUGAAAAUCGAAUAGAAACUUAUAUUCCAUCUCAAUAUUAUUGUUUGAUUCAAGAAAAAGAAGAAUUAGAAAAAUUAGAAGAAUAUACGACUAAACACAAUGGCAGUGAUGGCAAAACAAAAGUAUCAGUAAAAAUUAGAGGUAACGAUUUUGCUAGAGAAUUUAUUAAAGCAAUAGAAAAAGAAGUAGUACAAUGUCAAAAUUUUCUUGCAGGAGAUUAUAUUACCAGUAUUAAUAUAUUUCAAUCAUGGGAAUUAGGUAAAAUUAAUCUCAAUUUCAGUAAAGAAUAUGAGAAAUUAAUUCAUCUUAAACAUUAUUUAAAAGUAUUUGUUAUUUGUAAUCUCCAACUACGAAUCAAACCAGAAGAGUUUAAAUUACUAAUUCAUUUCCAUAAUUUAGAUAAGUUUGAUGCUCAUCUUAUUUUCCAAGCUAUGAGACAAGUAAGCAAAGAAAAGAUAAGUGCAAUUCUUUAUAAUAUGGAAAGUUAUUUUAUUCUCGAUAUUGGAAAUCAAAGAUAUAUAGAUUCUUUACAACUUAUAUCUGGAUAUCUUGAUUCUCAUAUAUCUAACUUAAGAGCUGAACUAUAUAAAGAGGAUGUAAAUAAAGAUGGAAAUUCUUUAAACUUACCAUGUAAAAAGCCUAAUCAUCUUUAUCGAAUUGACUCAAAUAGAUGUUUUGCUCAUCCAGAGAGAUUUCCCAUAACUAGAAAAUAUGGAUCAAAAGGAAGGAAUGACUUGGUAUUUCAUAAAGCUCCUUUUCCAUAUGAUUGGUUUAAUACACCAGAAAAAAUGAAUGCUACUUCUUUUCCUUCUAUUGAGGCUUUUGGCAAUUAUCACGACUUCUAUCUUAAUCUUAACAUACUAUUAUUAGCAGAUUGUUUAGAAGGAUUUCGCAAAUUAAUGAAAGGUAGAUUUGGAUUAGAUAUUGCUCACUAUGUUUCUCUUACUUCAUUUGCAGAAAAUGCUUUAUAUAAAACUACAGGACAAGAGAUUAAGCUAUUUACUGAUAAUAAUAUAUACCUCUUCUCUAAUAAUCUACAAUAUCCUGAUUUUGUUUCAAAGUCAGAAGAAAUCCCUGAUAAUGCAGAAAAAAGCUAUAUUUUGGAAGUUGAUCUUGACUAUUCAUAUAAAUUACACAAAGCUUAUACUUCAUAUUCUUUAGCUUCUGAAAAUAUCAAGAUUUCUAAAGAGAAAAUAA